CACAUACGCUCCCUUCAAAUGCACGAACUCUGGUCCCCUUUUUUUUAUUUACUGAUCAGUUUGAGGAAUCUCAAGUAUACAUUCAACAUCUCUGGACUGGCGAAAGCACUCAGCAAGGCACGGGUAUUAUUCAAGGCAUGGCAUCUAAUAUGGAGCUAGAAAGGAAACUUAAGCCUAUUUAUGAUGCUCUGGAAGUGGGCAAUUACAGGGAGAGCAUUCAGCUUUGUAAUAAGGCUUUGAAGAAGCAGCCUGACCUUCAUAUCGUCAAGGCGCUGAAAGCCCUAUCCUUUGAACGAUCAGGAAAAACAAAUGAGGCUUUACAACUUUGUGAAGAGAUACAAUGGGCAAAACCUACGGAUGAGGCUACUUUAAGGACUCUAUCUAUGGUGCUUCGAGCUGUAGGAAGAUAUGCACCUAUGAUCAAACUGUACGAGAAUGCGUCAAAAGUCAACCCAAAGAACGAAAACUUGGCUACACAAUGGUUUAUGUCCUUGGCUCGCACUUUAGAUUUCAAAGGACAGCAAAUGGUUGCUCUUCAGCUUCACAAAAACUUCAAGAAGACCAAGUAUAUGUUUUGGGCGAUCAUGAGCAUUACACUUCAGGGCAAAAAAUCCUCCACCAGUCAGUCUGCUGUUUUCUAUCAACUUGCAGAGCGCAUGAUGGCAAAGAUGAAUUCUGAAGGAAAGGUCGAGACCAUCGAAGAGCUACAACUCUAUUUAAUCAUUCUAUUGGGACAGGAGGAUCGUUAUUUGGAUGCAUUAAAUCUUUUAGAAGGCGAAAUCGGCGUCAAAACAAAAGCAAUCGAAAACGUAGAGCUCCGGUUUUUGCGUAUUGACCUGCUGAUCAAGGUGGGUCGUUGGAAUGAUGCCAGGCAAGCUGCAGCUCAGAUCCUCAAGGAGAUCAAUUCGGACGAUUGGAGAACUAUUCUUCAAUACUUUGAUACCAUAUUUCUCCCUGUGCAAGAUGCAGACCUUAAGACUUCAGAAAACCUUACAGAAGCACGCACAUUUUUCUCUGAGCUUGUUCAGAAAGAAGGUAAAAAUCCAAAGCGUGGCCCAUUCCUGGCUCAAAUUGAGCUCGAAAAACGAGUUCAAGAUAAGAUUGGAGACAACAAGGAAACUGUGAUGAGGCUUAUGAUAGAAUAUUUUGACAGAUUUGGCUCCAAAUCCUGUUGUUUCGAGGAUCUCUCUAUCUACAUCUCUAGCCUGGAUAACCAGGAUAGUCUGGAGUUUUGCAAGAAAUUGAGGGAAUCAGUGGUCAAUAAACCCGAGACUGUUAAAGAAAUUGCCGUUCAGAUCAACAUUGCACGUUUUGAACGAUUCGUUGGACAACAGACACAGCUCAACUCAUCGGAAGCUACAGCCCUUGUGAACAAGUUUUGGAAACUAUACGAGGAUUCACUUCCUUUUGGCAAGGAUCUUGAGGAAACUGAGCGUCAAUAUGGAGACGAUUAUGUCAUUAUGGCUGCUCAUCUUUUGAUCGAUUUGCAUAGGGACACUAAAUCUUACUUUCCACUUCUGAAUGCGACUUUCAUGCUGGAACAUGCUCUGAACAAAAGCAAACAUAACUAUCAGAUCAAGCUCGUGCUGAUCCGUAUUUAUGAACUUCUUGGUGCCUACAACUGUGCGACCAACAUCUACAACACCAUGGCCAUCAAGCAUGUACAACAUGAUACCCUAUCUCAUUUUAUCACGGAUCGUGCUUCUAACUUCGGAUUAUUCGAUCUGGCCCUUGCUCAGUUGUAUAGUGCUCAUGAUAUCUAUCAUAGCACUGAAGCCGAGACCCCAGAAAUGAUUUUACAAGCAUACAAAUAUUCAACAUUCUCAAAGAUGGAAGAGUUCAUCGAGUUUCAAUCAAGGCUUGAAAAUUCUUUACAAAAGAUAAUUGCAGACCGUGAAAUAAUUCGCCUUGAAAUCCUCAAGGAGGAUUCCGUCAGUCGUGUCAUUGCUUGGCUUCAAGAAUUGGAAGUUGACAAUUUGAAAUACGACGCACAAUUCUGCGAGUCGAGGAUAGACAAUCGCGAUACUACAGUGAUGUUGAACUGGAAUCCUAAGGACACUACUUCGGUUGAGGUCCUCACCCGCCCUGCCCCACAGCCGGAUCUUCAAUGGAUGAUCCUUUUCACGCUCGUGCCUCGAUUGCUCAAACAUAUGGCUUGCCUUUCACCCGUCAAUGCCGAGUACGAGAACCAUAUUACUGCCCUUGAAAACCUUAUCUCAUCUUCAACUUCUCCUCCUUCUUCCGCGGAUAGUACGGAUGGCCAUCAACAGCAACAACAUUGCGAAUUAACAACGCAGGAGAUCAAGCUUGGACAGAUCAUGCUGCAAGUUACCAAAGCUUAUCAGGUUCUCUUUGCAGCCAUUGUAGCCCAGAACAGCAACAGCUCUACUAAAGAAGAGCCUUCCAAGACCGCUUCCACAGUUAAGGAACAUUUAUCCGCAGUUGGAGCACUCUUAAAACGUGAUCCUGUCAAAUCUAUAGGCGUGUUGUCUUGGCAAACGUUCCAUGUGCUCACUAUGGUGGUCGAGACGGUUACUUAUUUGAAUGUCUCGAACCAAAGUUUCCUUAACCUCAUUGCUAAUAAGGCUAACAAAAAGUCGAUCUUCAAGCCUGUGAACGUUGUUGUACAGGACUUUAUGGCACAGUGUCGACAAGCUCUACAAGUUGUGCAGACAGAUGUCACUGUUUUGAGAAAUGUGGUCAAGCCGGAUAGGAUCAAGUCUGGUUUACUCUACGAGCUUUGUGAUGGAUCCGCCAUUGAUUUUGUUCGUACUCCUGCGCACCAAACUCAGAUUGAGGAAUUGACCCUCAAGAUUGGGGCAAGCUGGAUGAAUAGUCUUAUCAACCUUCAGCAACAAGCAAUCUCUAGAGCUGUCUAAGAGUUUAUAAUGGACUAGACAUUCG